AUGGCGAACAAAUUAACAAACAAAAAGACUAGGGUCACAAAUGUGGUGUUCUGCUUCUUGUUGCUUUUUGUUCAAAUGACAAUGGCAGAUCGAAGCCGCAAAGAUGGUAGUUCUAUUCAGAAGCUUUUGAAGAAGUUGAACAAACCAGCUGUUAAGAGUAUUAAGAGUCCUGAUGGAGAUAUAAUCGACUGUGUUGAUAUUUUAAAACAGCCAGCUUUUGAUCACCCAAAGCUUAAAAAUCACAAAAUUCGGAUGAGGCCAAGUUCUUACCCAGAAGGGAUGAUCAUUGAAGGAAGUAAUAAUGUGCCUUCAAAAUCACCACCAAUUGCUCAACUAUGGCACCAAAGUGGAAGUUGUCCAGAAGGAACCAUUCCUAUUAGAAGAAUAAGAAAAGAAGACAUGUUGAGAGACAGAUCUAUCCGACAAUUUGGAAAGAAGAAUCUCCAGACCAUUCGUCUACCCUCUGAUGCUGGAGGUCAACGUGUCAACGAGUAUGCCUCGGUUUUUGUGAAAGGAGAAAAAUAUUAUGGUGGCAAGGCAGCCAUGAACGUUUGGAACCCUAAAGUUCAACAAGAUGUCGAAUGGAGUGUCUCUGCAAUUUGGGUCGUAAAUGAUGUUGAUAAAGAAAAUCUCAAUGCAAUUGAAGUUGGAUGGCAGGUGAAUCAGUAUCUCUAUGGGGAUAAUCGAACCAGACUUUUUACAUUUUGGACUGAUGAUAAUGAUAAAAGUACAGGAUGCUAUGAUCUUCGUUGUUCGGGCUUUGUUCAGCUUAAUGCUGGAAUCGCCGUGGGAAGCACCCUUGAACCCUUAUCUGUCUACAAUGACACAAAUUCCCAAUAUGAUAUCCAGAUCAUGAUCUGGAAGGAUAAAAGCAAUGGAGAUUGGUGGAUGCAAUAUGGAGAUAAAGUUAUGGGAUAUUGGUCAUCGUCUCUGUUCACACACCUCUCAGAUAGUGCAACAUUCAUACGUUGGGGAGGUCAAAUAGUAAACUCAGCAACAAAUGGACAACACAGCACAACACAAAUGGGAAGUGGGCAAUUUCCAAGAGAACAUUUUGGGAAAGCCAGCUUUUUCAAGAACCUUAAUGGUGAUAACCAAAUGGUCCCUGCUGAUACCAUUUUCAAUCAGGUUGAUCGUUCCACUUGCUAUGAUGUCCAAACUGGUCGUACUGAUGGUUGGGGUAGAUUCUUCUAUUUUGGUGGCCCUGGCAGAAACCCUAAUUGCCCAUGA